AUGGAGACUGUCUCUGCCGUUAACCAAACACUCCCAAUCUCCGGGGAUGAAACGGAGAAGUUCACCACAUACUCCUCCGCAGUCCACAAAGUCGUCGUCAUGAUCAACACCGGGAUUCUAGGAUUACUUCAGCUCACAAACCAAAAGUCCUCUGUUUUUGAAACGCAUAAAGCAGAAUUCCUCUGUUUCUGUGUUUUCGUUUUGCUCUACGCCGUUUUUCGCGUCCGUGAAGCCAUGGACGUGCGGCUACAACCAGGGUUAGUCCCGAGGCUCGUCGGAAACACGAGCCAUCUCUUCGGCGCUCUAGCCGCUCUCGUGCUCGUCUCUGUAGUUUGCUCGACCUUUGCUUUGGUCCUUCUUCUUCUCUGGCUUCUUUGGCUCUCCGCCGUUGUUUACAACACCUCAAGUGAAUUCUUGAUCUACUUGAAGGCAAACAAAUCCGGCGCCGGUUUACCUCAGUUGCCUCAGUUGCCGCCGGUUUGA